AUGCCGUUGAAAACAUACUUAUUAAAUAAACUUUUCAAUCGAAAAUGUCGUCUCAAUGGUAUUUGGCCAUCUGCUCGUUUGCCACAUAAGCACAAUCUACGUCAAGCCUUUAAUGAUCGUUUAAUCUAUAGUCCCGAAGAUCUUCCACCGAAAGUUGACCUACGGAAUGAUAUGACAACUGUCGAAAAUCAAUCAAGUAUCGGCAGUUGUUCGGCUAAUGCUCUCGCCGGAGCAUAUGAGUAUUUAGCAAAAAAACAUCAUGGUGAAAGCAUCGAUGUAAGUAGACUAUUUAUCUACUACAAUGGUCGAGAAAAAGAGCAGCCAUCGGAAGCAGUUACAGAUUCAGGUUGUUCUAUGACAAGCGCUAUCGAAGCACUGGAGCAAUUCGGAACUUGUCUCGAAUCGAUAUGGCCAUACGACGUUUCCAGAGUAAACACACGACCGAAUAACGAAGCAUAUCAAGCAGCUAAACCACACACGAUUUCUGAGGCACUCCAAGUCAGCAUUGACUUACAUGAAAUGAAAUCGUGUCUUGCACAAGGUUUUCCGUUUGUAUUCGGUCUCCGUUUGUUCACGUCAUUUGAUAAAGCAGCUAAGACAGGUGCGGUACCGAUGCCGAGUGCAAGCGAUCGUAGUCGUCAAUCUGAUGGCAGUUAUGCGUUAGUUGCCAUCGGUUAUAGCGAUCAGUCGCUGUCGUUCAUUGUUCGAAAUUCUUGGGGGACAGACUGGGGCGAUCGUGGAUACUGUUAUAUACCGUACGAUUAUAUGACAGAUGCAGACCUUUGUUUUGAUGCGUGGACAAUUCGCAAAGUUCCCAACGACGAUUCCGGUCAAUCGCAUUGGGAUUACAAUGACAAUAGCAAUACAGAUAACCGUACAAUUGAACAGUUCGAUGAAGAUGAUUUUCGAAUAAACUUUUUCGAUAACGCCGCAUGUGGUUUUGAUGGCGAUUCGCAGAACGAUCGUUCUAAUUACAAUGAUGGUGAAAGAUAUAAUCAACAAUGGAAUGGAAGUGAUCAGUUUACUUAUAAUGAUCGAGGAGACUAUGGUCAGCAAUGGAAUAGAGAUGAUCAAUCUGAACAUCAUCAUAAACACGGUCACCAUCAUCACCAUCACAAACACUAA